AUGGAAGCUGAGGAUGUGCUUGACCUACCAGCUUCAAGCAAUUCUGGUUUGGUAAUACAGAAAAAUGGUCUUGAAUCUGGGAAUGGGUCACCUGAGGCUAAUCCUUUAGUUAGUAAUGAGGAGAAUAUGUCAAGAAAUUUAGAUAUGGAGAAAGGUUUGGAACUAACGGAAGAGAAUUUGACAACUUUGGGUGGUCGGUGUUCUGGGGAAGUAUUAGCAGAGCAGGUUAGCGACGUUUUCAAUGCAAGUAUUGAAAGUGUGGUGGUAGAUGAGAAUUUGGGUAUCCAAAAGGAGACACUAAUUCAUAAUGCCACAUUGGAUGUUAGUUGUAUCCUUCUUUUGCUCUUCUUUGUCAAAGCCAAAUCAGGUGUUAAAAGACCCCGGGCAUCUUCUGACCAACAGCAACCUACAGUCCAUGUUACUUAUAAACACUUGACCAGAGCUAGUAAGCAGAAGCUGGAAAGUUUACUACGCCAAUGGUCAGAAUGGGAGGCAGAAUAUACUUCAUUGGCUCAGGAUCAAGAACAACCAUUAGAAUCUGGCGAGGAGACAUGUUUCCCUGCUUUACGUGUUGGAUUGCAGAAGACUUCGUCUGUGUCAUUCUGGAUCGACAACCAAACUGGUCCUAAGCCGUUGGAAGAGUUUGUUCUAGUGGAAAGUAGCACCACUCCUCUUUAUGACCGUAAAUUUGCAAUCGGUUUGAAUUCAGCAGAUAGAUCAAAUAACUUGGAAGGGGGGUUGGAGAUUAUUGAUGAUCCUCCACGUUGCUUCAAUUGUGGUGGCUAUAGUCAUUCCUUGAGAGAAUGUCCAAAGCCUUUUGAUCGAUCAGCGGUUAAUAGUGCUCGGAAGCUUCAAAAAUCCAAACGAAAUCAGAAUAGUGCGUCCCGUCUACCAUCGCGAUAUUAUCAAAAACCUGAAAGUGGAAAGUAUGAUGGCUUGAAACCUGGCACACUUGAUGCAGAAACACGUCAGCUUCUGAAUCUUGGGGAACUAGAUCCUCCUCCAUGGCUUAACAGAAUGCGAGAGAUUGGGUACCCUCCGGGAUAUUUAGGAGCUAAACUAUACCACAUUCUCACGCCUUAUAUUGUGUCUGUUUCUUCCUGUGCUAUGUCUUUAGCUCCAGAAGAUGAUCAUUUGUCUGGAAUCACUAUAUUUGGAGAGGAGAAAGAAGAGACUCGGGAGGAAAUAGAGAGUGAGGAUGGGGAAAUCUUGGAAAAAGUAACCCCUCCAGAGCCACAAAUGAAAAUGACAGUUGAGUUCCCGGGUAUUAACGCUCCAUUACCAGAAAACGCAGAUGAGUGGCUUUGGGAAGCUGCACCUUCAUAUAGGAGUAGUAGAAGCAACGGCCGAUGGCAACAAAGAACUAGCAGAGGACAUGAUUAUAGAGACGAUGGUCCGCUUGGUGUUGAGUCAUCAAGUUAUCCUCCACGCUAUGGUAGUAGAAAUGACUAUGGAUUUAGCAGCAGAAGAUGA